AUGAGCCAAGAACAGACACCUCGAGCUACCACGGCACCAUCACGCAAAAAAGAUGUAGACGCUUUGCUGGCGGACUUCGACUUGGACAUUAGCAAACCGGACACGACGCGGAAACCCGCCGCACGUCCCCGACCAGUGGAGCGCAAAACGUCCUCUGGUCGCACGGACGAUGCACAAAGCUUGUUAGAUGAUUUGGAAGGGUUAGUACAUCGCCGACGCUCCAUGCAAAAAGAUACAAAAGAGGUAGUUGCGCCUGCUUCGACGGUCUCACCGAAACCUGUCUCCAACUUGCGCCCGUUGAAAAUGGAGACAUCAGCCACGUCCAAGGAUCCCAGUGCUGAGUUGUCCACUGCACGGGCAGAGUCCAACCAUGAUGUGAGUACCUCCAAUGUGAAAGCGCCUCUUUCUAGUGCUACGUCUGAAGGGGUGCCGGCCACCACAACGGCUACCGAAAAUAACACAACGACGGAUGCGUCAAGCUGGAGUGCGUGGGGCAAUAGUACCCAAUGGGGCAGCUUCUUGUCCACCGCAUCAAAAUUCGCUGGACAGGCUCGCAAUGAACUGGGCCGCAGAACUGCGUCGGUGAUCCAGCAAGCCAAUGUCACCGUCAGCAAAGAAGAGGGGACCAUGCCUGACCAGGCCAUUUACGGGUUGGGCAACAAGUUUGCACAACGCAUGCGUGGCUUUGUGCAUGAUGCAGGACUUGAGCAGAUUGGUCAAAACCUCACAGAAGCAGGCAAGCGAGGAUGGAAUGACAUUGUGAAUGCUGUUGUGUUGCCCGUAGAGGUGCACGAUUCAGUGGCAGUCACCGUGAGCCAUGAAAUGGCCGGGUAUGAUGGUAUUGAAACGUUGGCUUUUAAUGUUCUUUCGCGAAUUUUUUCGCAAGCAGAUCUGGAUAUUUCUGUGACACUCGACGAUGUAAACCAACCGACGGAACCAGAAGGCACUUACAAUAUCCAUGCGGCAGAAAGCCGUGCACAAGGCCUACAGCAAGCCAAGUCUGCAUUGACUCGUCUAUGCAAGGAGAUGGAGCAAGGUGACUCUGUUACCACCAACGGUGUAAUGCUACCGGAAAAGACAUGCCCAGUGAUUCUGCGCAUCCAACCGUUCUACGACACAGUCCUGAAUGAAGAAGACGACUUGUUCUCUACUGUAAGUCAAGGGAAGCAGCGUCGAACAGAGCGAAGCGAUAGCAAGGCUAAGUCGCUUUUCUUCUAUGUCUGGUGGGUGGAUCCAAAGCACAAGCUGAGUCAUUGCACAUGCAGCCAAGCUGUGCCAGCGUGGUGGUUGACGGUCCCUCGUGAACAUAACCAUUGGGUGGAGCAGGCCCUGAGCGAUUUGAUCGAAGGGGCUAUUGCUGUGGUGGCGCAAGACUACGUACAGAGCAGGUUGGCGACCUUCACACAAUCGACUGCGGCUGAAGAUACUUCUUCUUUUUCCCAGGCGUAA